GAGAGUGGAAAUCGUUGUGAGAGUACGAAUAUUCCAUUUACAAAAAAACUUGAAUUUUGUUCCAUUUUGUUCCCAUUCGAAAGACACGAAAUAAAGAAAAAUUGGAAAUCAAUAAGCACAAAGACAGGAGCAAUAGGGACAAACAACAGCCACGCCACACGAGCACCAUGACCCUUCGAUCCGGAGCAAGGGGGGGAGGCCGCCUCUUGCUAGACGAGUGCCCGACCAACCCCGAUUACCUGCGCCCCGCCUGCGCCACGAUGGACACCGACAUGGUCUGUGACUACGGACACAUCUACGUGGGUUGCUCCUGGGAAACCCUUGCGUGCAUCCCCAUUACCACCUGCGAGUGCGGUGCGGACGGGACCUGGAGCUGCCGGAGCCUCGCCAUGGCACAAUGCGAGACCAAACCGGAGGACCUGCCCUUUGGCCAAACCUGCGAGAUCGGAUCCAUGGCACCAUCGCUGGGGCCGUCGCUGGGGCCAUCGUUGGAGCCAUCGUUGGAUCCGUCGCCGUGGCCGUCGCCGUCCGGGAUCGGAGAGGCACGGAUCAACCUCCAGCUCGCGAAGGACGGGACCGCAAACGCCGUGAGUGGCGCGCCGGGCGCUUGGAACCUAGCGGGCCCGGGGACGGCGCUGGCGGCCGCCGCGGUUGCGGCCUGGUGGUGGACGAUCGAAUCCUGGUAGCCGCCGGCCGCACGCGACCGGUUUUCGGUGUUUCCCCCCCCGUUUCGCCGCGGUCGGCGUCCGGUGCUGUCGUUCCGGAGUCCCUUUCCACCGCGGCCCGGCUUUGUAGAGGCAAGGGAUUCUGGUGCAUCUUUGUCGGCACUGGCAGGAACCCAUCCUUUGCUCUGAAUUCGAUUUUAUCCUUCUAAAGACAUUUAUG